AUGUCUGGUGGGCUUGGUGGGAAUGCGGCUCAGACGCUCAAGGAUCCGACUACUGUGGGAGAGCUCUUUGGUGAGGAGAGCACGCCGCAGCCUGACACCAGCCGCCGGGAGAGCACGCAACCGCGCACGAAGACUUCGAAGGCAAAGGUUAUGGUUGAUGAGGAAGACCUCGCUGAGACGAGUACGGCGCCCACCAACCGUCGAGAGAGCACGCAGAGUCGUAAGAAGAGUUCAAAGCCGAAGCCAAUGCCAACGGUUGAUGAGGAAGACGACUUUCUGCCUGACACGCAGGUGGAGCGACCUCCUACAGGACGUCGAGAGAGUGCACAGGGUCGCAAGAAGAGUUCGAAGCCGAAGCCGAAGCCCACGAGUGAUGAGGAAGAUUUUCUGCCUGACACGAAUGUGGAGCGACCCCCCGCUAGCCGUCGAGAGAGUACGCAGAGUCGUAAGAAGAGUUCGAAGCCGAAAUCAAUCAGUGAUGGGGAAGAAGAUUUCCUGCUUGAGACGAAUCCGAAUCCCGCCAGCCGUCGAGAGAGCACGCAGAAUCGGAAGAGGAGUUCGAAGCCGAAGACUGCGAAUCAACUGCCUCCCGACGAAGACGACAUCACUGUUGCGCCGCGGAGUAAGAAGAAGCGGAAGAAGUCCAUCGGCUCAAACUUUGCGAGCGACGAUGAAGCACCUGAGCCCGCUCCCGUGAAGAAAACCAAGACUGCGAUUCAAGCACCCACUAACGAGGAUGGCCCCGCCUACACACCCCGCGGCAAGAACAAGAAGAAGCGCAAGCUUAGUUCGAACUUCGCAAGCGACGAUGAGGGACUAGCGCCGCCACCACCGCCUCCUCAAGUGAAGGCUCCAAAACGCAAGAAGCGGAUUGAGGCGUCUGAGGGUGAAGAUGAGGAUGAGGAUGUUAUCCCUCGGGCACCGUCUUCACCGCCCCCGAAGAGGAAGAGGAAGGUCGAUUCGAAGAGGAAGAAGCAGAGCCAGAAGGAUGAUGAAUACGGCGCGGAUAAGGCCAGCGAGAAGAGUAAAGAGUCCGACUUUCCCGCUGUCUCACUGACGAAUCCUUAUCAACUUCCGACUAAGACUCAGGCCGGGGUCCCGAAGAAUGGUGCAGCGGCGCCGACUCCCGCUAUACCUUCGCGAAAGCCAUAUCCAGUCCAGCAACCGGCUGGGAACAAGACCGCAAAUGAAGCCAUUCGAGACUCAUCCCGCCCGCCCGAGGACCUGUUCGUCCCUUCAGACCGACGAGGUUCAGUCGCGCAAAGCCCUUCGAUCUGGACUACAGCUCGAGCUCCAUCAGCUCAGGCUGCGACUUUGAGGGGAUUUACUCGUGCCCCGUCGAUGCAGCCCACGCCUUUGAACAGAUUUACUCCGACAGAUGCACGAGCAAGCGUGUCGCGGGAGUUUGGCCAAGCUUAUCAUACUCUCCCUACGACUGCGACCCACGUCAACCAACAAGACUUCGAUCGCACUGCGCUGUUUCAGCUGAGGCAUCGUGAGCAGGAAGCAAGCGGAGCGGAGAGUGUUGGAAUUGGCUUGCCCGCCAGCUUCGUACCUGCUAGCGGAUACAGGGCAGAAUCUGCUGCGAGCAGCGUGCCUGAUAAGACCGUACCUGGAAACAGACAGAGUGCGGAGCCUGGGAAUUCUGGCAGUCAGCAGCAAGCUCCAGCUGCAGGCCAGGACGACUGGGUAGCCCGAUUCGGCGAGUGGGCGAACUCGGCAGAAGGCGUUGCGGUGUUCUCUGGCAUCUCUGGCAAUGGAUCCCUGAGCGACACACAGCCACAGCAAGUGGGUAGCACCGGCCAGGAGGAGAUCGAUCAGUACUCUGCCGAGCUGGGACGGGUUGAGAAGGAGAGCGAGCGAAGACAGCAAGCCCAGAGUAUGUCGAACACGCCAGCACCAGCGGUGGACACGGCACCUUCCCCUCCUACGCAGGCCGUGAACGGGAGGUCGAACAGCGUCCAGCCAGCGCGAGCAGAGGCUCCGGCGCAAGAUCCGAUGAAUGACUUUCUCGACGCUCUGGGCGAUGCGAGCCAGAAGGUCAGGAACAACGUGAGAUCCCCUCAGAACAUGGCGGCGCCGCUGAACGUACAAGGAGAUACGGAAGAAGCCCAUCGACGCCAACGCGGGUUGAGUUCGUCGUCUAGUGCGAGUGUCCACAGCGCGGUGACUCAAGGUUCGCAUAGUCACCAGCGUAGUGAAAGUACUGCUUCCGAUAGGACUUCGACCCGGAUGCCAGCUCAAUCGCCCUUGGAUCGUGCGUCUGUCGCUCCUAGCAGGACUCCAACCCGAACUCAAGUUCAGCCUUCUGCUGCGCCCAUGCUCCGUCGCAUGGGUGGCGACAACAUCAACACGUUUGAUGGAGCCGGGGACUUCUCCGUGCAGCCUCAACAACGCCCCUUUGCACGAGGCCCAGGUCUCUUCACGCCUGAUCAGAAGAUGAGCUGGUCUCAGUGGAAUAAUGUCGCCGGUAGUCAAUCCCAACAGAUCAUGGCCGGAUACCAGAGUCCAUUCUCCAAUGGCAUGAGUGUCAACCCGUUCAUCUCAGCGCCGCCGCAGAUGCUCCCACAGCAGGGCUUUGGCGUGCCUGUGCAAGCGUCUAGAAUGGCUCGCAGCGUGUCAAAUGGAAGCUCGCAGGGCUCGACGCAGCAACGUGGCAUGAACGGCGGCGCAGGUCAAACUACGAUGCCGCCACCUGCCAGUCCUAUGCAAGCAGCAAGUCGCUCGUUCCAAGAUCCAGCAAGUCAAGCUAGACGAGACAGCAUCCUCAGUGCUUACGGUCUGCCAAAUGCGAACAGUCCUCCCAUACUGCUGAGUCAGUACCCACCUCAACAGGCAUCACAGCGAGGAUUCUCUGUCUCGCCGCCGAGGAUGGCAAUACCCAUGCCGAAUGGUCUACCUUCUAUCCGAACGGUGCCUUCUCUCCCGCCUUUCAUCCCUGGGACAGGAACUCCGGUAGUUGGACAGCAGGCGAGUUAUCACGCCCAUCAGAUGCCUGGCUCUGGACUCCAGGGACCGGGCCCCUCAACGACGCCUCAGCGCUCGCCAGUACAACAAAGCCAACAGCAGGCCCGCACACCACCUCAGAACACCCAACCCCAUCCCUCAACCCCUCAAACGACAAAACCCGCUCUCCCCAACAUCAUCAACAACAGCGAACCCCCCGCUUCGUCCCCACGCCAGGAAGACCUCCAGCUUUCGGUAUGA